AUGCCUGCAAGCAAACGUCAGUAUCAGUGCGACUGCGAGAAACACUGUGGUGGCCGACAGAAGGUGGUUAGUUGGGCUACGUACUAUGGGCAUGCUGAGUUUCGUGCGAAGACAUCCCAAACAUUCGCGGACUUUGUAGCAGACCUCCCUGGUACACGCAUCUUCUCGCAUGCCGCUUCAUGGCCUUCCGAGGGGAACACAAGUCAAUUGCGAGGGAGAAAAUGUGCUCGUGUGGAGAAUGAAAUCUACGAGAUGUUGGAACAGAUGGAGAGCUCGACAAUCGCACCUUCGUUUGAUGAACUUCCCGGGCCUGAUAUGGAUUGCGAAUCUCCUGGUCUUGGACCAAGUACAGAAACCUCCGAAUUUACACCUACAUGCACUCUCCACCUCGCACAUGAUCACAUCACCCUAUCCGAUGUUGAUGAGCAUGAGGAUGAAGACAUGGAUCCUGGGAGCAUAGCAGCCACCCGAGGGUCAGAGGAUGCCGCGUCUAGUUCUCAGAUGCGAGACGACACACGUUCGGGACUUGGACCAGAGACAGAAUUGGAAGCAGACCGCACGGCAACGAUAGAGGAGAUCAAGAUAGCAGAGGAGUUUAUUCGUUUACUGAAGCAGGCUUCACUAGAGACUAGCGGGCUUGAUGCUAAUACCAUACAUCGCCUCCACCAUCCCAUCGAGGCCCCCCUUGAUAUCGACGAUCCCGAUCUGCUGCUAUCGAUUGAAAUAUUCCUCUCCGUGACUAACGCAUCACAAGCGACAUACACAGCCGUGCGCGGUGCAAUCCUCCACCGUUACCCCGAGAAUACCAUCCUCACUUUUGACCAGGUGAAGAGCAAGAUUGCCGAGCUGAGCGGCGUAGUCCCCAUUAUCCAAGACAUGUGUGUCAACACAUGUCUAGCCUACACUGGUCCAUUCGCCGAGCUAGACCAGUGCCCGACAUGUGGAGAACUGCGCUAUGAUACUACGAGCAAUGGCAAGAAGCGCAUCGCUCGCCAAGAAUUUCACACCAUUCCAGUCGGUCCUCAGUUACAGGCUCUGUGGAGAUCUCGUGAAGGUGCUACGGCCAUGCGUCAUCGUAGUCGUCGCACACAUGAGAUUCUGGAGCGGCUUCGCGAGCAUAAUAACCAGCUGUACGAAUACGACGACGUAUACCACGGAUCUGCCUAUCUCAAAGCUGUUCUCGAGAAUCAGAUCGGCACCGACGACAUGGUCCUUCUUAUGUCGAUUGACGGUGCGCAGCUUUAUGAAAGCAAGGCCUCGGAUUGCUGGAUCUACAUCUGGGUAGUUCUAGAUCUAGCACCGGAGCUUCGUUACAAGAAGAAGCACGUCCUCCCUGGUGGUUUCAUACCCGGUCCGCAUAAACCCAAGAAUCUCGACUCCUUUCUGUUUCCUGGCCUUGGGCAUCUAAUGGCACUACAGAAGGAUGGUCUUUACAUCUGGGAUGCUUCAGAUGAACACACUUUCCGAUCGAAUCCAUUUCUAGCCAUGGUGACGGCCGAUGGUCCUGGAAUGGCUCAUGUGAAUGGUCUGGUGGGUCAUCACGGAGCUCAAGGUUGUCGUCUCUACUGUCCACUCAAAGGACGCCAUAAAGCCGGUGGCCCGCACUAUUAUCCAGCUCUUCUCAAGCCAGUAGACUACGAGGUCGACGGUUGCGAUCACGAUGAUGUCUCCUGGCGUACUCUCAUGCCGUUGUCUCCGGAGCAGUAUGCAGAGAACCUUGUUUACGUGCGCACAUCCCCUAACGAUACUCAAUAUAAGGCGCGCCGCAAGCAGACUGGUAUCGCCAAGCCGAGUAUUCUCAGCGGCCUCUCUCGUAUUCUGCUUCCACCUACAUGCUGUGCGCUUGAUCUCAUGCACCUCGCAUCUCUCAAUAUUCCAGACCUGCUCAUCCCUCUAUUCCGUGGAACGCUCGAGUGCGACAAAGAUGACGAUAAAUCAGAGUGGGAUUGGGUAGUUCUUGUAGGUGAGAUCUGGCAGAUUCACGGCAAGAUGGUUGCAGAUGCACGCCCGUAUCUUCCUGGGUCAUUUGACUGA